AUGCGAUUCUUACUUCUCAGCGCCCUGGCGCUCCUAAUUGCCGUUGCCAAUGCCUCUCUCUCAACUGAUAUCCUAUACUGGCCUAUAGGAUCGACACAGCCAUCUAUCCUCGCGCAUCUAUCCUACGACCCUAUCUCGAUGAAAUCGGACAUAAUCUCAUACCAUCCACCGAAGGUUGAUCAAAGCGACAGUCUAGUGCGUCUCGGUCUUUAUACUUCAGCGACAAACCAGAAGCAAUGGGUCGGCAGUCUCGUGUCUUUGUCGUCUCUCGCUAGUGAACCAACAUUCCGCCUUCACCUUGGUCCGGCCAACGAAGUCUAUUCUGUCUCCCUGUCUGCAUCUUCGAUCACCCAGCACCCAACAUCUGGCCCUCAGGUCAAUCUUAUUCCGAACGAAUCUGGGACCUCCCCCCAUCUGAAUCGGCCAGUGGUUGUCCGUCCCGAUGGCCAAAACUCAGACCAACCUGAAGAGAAGUCUCUUUUGCAAAAGUAG